AUGACCGGUGGGCCUUUCUCGUGCUGGAACUCGACUCCCUACGUUGAGAGCCUUUGCUUAAACCUGACAAAUGCGGACAUUCAGUCGCAGAUAGAGGUCCAAGUGAGUCUUGCUUGCAGUCGCCUCUGUCCCCUCGGUGGGUCGCUGGACCCUACCUGCUUCUUACCUCCCACAAAUUUUCAACAAGCAGGCAGCCGCACGCUUACCAUCUACCCGUUCACAGCUGUUGGCACAGGUCUCAUCUCUGGAGGGCAACUGCAACCCAUGUUUAUCCUGCUCCACCCUCUCGUCCGCCACGCGACCGUGGAGUUUACCUACGUCUUCCAGAUGACCCAGGCGGCACCGUUCUUCUUUGGGCUGUAUGACUCAGCAUCUGGACGCAGGAACCAGGACAAAGCUUACACGGCUGUCGUGAAUCAACACGAGCACGUAAAGCAUUUCUUCGCCCCUGACGAGAAGGUGCUCUUGUCUCCCGUUGACAUUAUUCGCGCCGCUGGGCGUGAGUGGAACGUUGAGACCCUGAUGCUUGGCGCAGAGUUCUAUGCCGAAGUCAACUGCUACAGCGAUGGUUAUGAUCUUUCCGCUUCGAUGGACUGGUCAAACUUCACAUACGUGGCGCCCACGCCGGAUGUUCCUCUCUGCAUCAUGACUGUCGAGCAGCUGCAGGGUGCCGCAGUCAGCUCGACUAUGGACGGCAUUAACGAUGUCAUUCUCUCGCAAUCGAGGUUUCGCAUCGACACUGGCAGAGGAAGCAGCCACCACCGGAUGCCCUCAGUCUCUGCCAUACUACUCAAUCUGAUCUCCCUCUUCGUUCUGCUCAAGGUACCUCAAGCGGUUACCAUGCUCUUCGCUCACAUGUGCUUGGGCUCCUUGUCGAAAGUCUACAAGCGAGCAUCUGAAGAG